ACUUAUCAUGACUUUGAAUGACUGCAGUUGGCUGUGUUUACUCUCAGUGAUAAAAGAGCCACUGUGAAACCUGAAACACAAGCGUGCUGGUGGUGUUGCAAAAGACUUUUGAUAUUAUUUCCACUGUUACAACGAGAGGCCAAUCAGAUUGCCCGGACAUUGUUCCCUCCCACUUUUUUAGAGUUAUAUUGAGGUGAAUCGUCUUAUAAUGACAUCUAUUAAGUGUCGUCUUUAGUGCGUUAACAGGAAAAUGCAGAUCAUUUUCUAUUUUCUGUUGCUGCUCAUCGUGAAGUAUCACACAUUAGGUCUGAACUUUGAGACAAAGACUGCUGCUAUUGGAGAAGAUGUGACGUUGAAGUGUGACCGUCAGACGUCGAAGAGUCAGUCUUCCAAAUUAUUUUGGAUUAGACUAAUUUAUGGAAACAUGCCUGAAGUCUUGGGAGGAACACCUUCCUUUGACUUUGAUAAAGUUAUUCAGAAUCUUCACUUUACUCUUAAACAAGAGCCUGGAGUUUUUCUUCUGCACAUUAAGGAAACAGGAUUCAAUGAUACUGGAGUUUACUACUGCUUAAGUGUAGCUGACCCUUUUACCAUGAAGUUUUUAAAAGGAACUUUCCUCAGUAUUAAAGAACCAGAUUACGAUAUCACUGCAGUCAAUCAAGUUCCUCCAUCUAAUCCCGUCAACCCAGGAGACCCAGUGACACUGCAGUGUUCAGUCCUGUCCGACAGCACUGAGAGCCAAACGUGUCCAGAAUAUCACAGAGUGCACUGGUUCAGAGCUGACUCCGAUGGGUCUAAUCCCAGAUUAAUUUCCACUCAUGGAGACGGCAGACAUAAAUGUGAAAGUGGCACUGAAGCUCUCUCUCCCCCAAAAUGUGUCUCCAACUUCUGUGAGAAUGUCAGCUCCUCUGAUGCUGGGAUUUACUACUGUGCCGUUUCCACAUGUGCACAGAUUUUAUUUGGACGUGGAACAAAACUGGACGAUGAAGUUUCAGCACCGCGUGCAUCUCCAAACCUGCUCCUGUUAUGUGCUACACUGACUUUAAGUCUGAUUGUUAAUGCAUUCCUCAUUUAUUUCAUCAAGAUGAAAAGCUGUGACUGUUGCAAAGAGACCGUAGCAGUCGGCAGAAACCAGCAAACUCAGCAGAGAGAUGAGAACUCUUUGGUUUAUUCUGCACCGACCUUCACGAGGAGGAACGCUGGCAAAGCAGAGAGAGGGAAUGGAAACGCAGCAGAAGAAGAGACGGUCUACAGUAAAGUCAGGGCUUCUCCAAGACAGUAAUUCUGUGUGUGUGUGAAGUCACUCCAACAGAUUCUAGGAACAAAUGUCUCAGAUCUCUGUCCAGAAGAGCACAAUCUAGGAGCAGCGAACAUACUGUGCAGGAAUCACAGGCUACCAGGCUUGUGGUAGGAGAAACAAGACGUCCUUAGGUGGGCAAGUGGGGAAAUAACAAUAAGUAACAAUUUAUUUAGAUACCCUUAAAAAUAAUUGGUAUACAGUCUAGUCGGUAACUGCAUUAGUCUUUUCUUUGUUAUUAUACGAGGCCAUGGAUCAUCGUGGUGCAGUUUAACUGCCUUGGUUGACGUUUAUGAGCUCUAUGAAUUUUAUACUGGUUAAACACACAUUCUUAUUUCUCAGUUUUCUUUUCUUAUUUUUAACCAAAGUCCAGCUUUUUGACAGUCUCAACAUGACAGUCUCUCGUUGUUUUUUUUAGGCUCUCUAUCUCCACAAUGACAUUUGAGGUCUGUGAGGGAGACAUUUAAUUUAAGUUUUUUUUGUUUUUCUCAAACAUUAAAAAUGAUCCAGACUAUACUAUCUUUGAGUGUUUUGUGUGUGACGGAGAGAAUGUUACGCGAGAAAGUUUUGCAGUGAUGUUUGCUGAUGCUGCCGAGUCGCUACAACCAGCAUGACAGAGUGAAUUAGUGAUGUCUACUAUCUAUACUUGAGCAGCUUCCUGACAUGAACACAAAAAGUGGUCGAACCAUUUAUGCUUCACACCUCAGUGUGAAAGCCCAGCCACAGCAGUGUUUAAGUUUUCAUGCAUCAUUUGUUUGUCACUAAUGACUGAGACUGUGUUUGUGUGUCAGAUGUGAGCAGCCUUUUGAACACCUAAACAAGACGGUCCCCACUAAGCAGUUUACAAAUUCUACUUUAUGGUGACA